CAACAUUGCUCAGAGACAUGUUUACAUCUGUUUGAAGAAACUCAGCUGCUUGCGUAAUUCCUUUUAUUUUUUUGGAUUUGAAAAUUAACAAAAAUGGCAAUGAUGCAAGAGCGUGGUGGAGUAAUGGAGCAGGAGGAGGAGGCCGACAUGGGAGCUGGAGGACCCCUUCUCAUCCAGACAUUGGAGCAAAAUGGUAUAUCAGCAACAGAUGUCAAAAAGCUAGAGGAAAAAGGAUAUUACACUGUUGAGUCUGUUGCCUUUGCCCCCAAGAAAGCACUUCUGGAGAUUAAGGGAAUCAGUGAAGCUAAAGCAGACAAGAUAUUAACAGAAGCAUCAAAGUUGGUGCCCAUGGGUUUCACAACUGCAACCGAGUUCCACCAGAAGCGAGCUGAUUUGGUGCAGCUCACAACAGGUUCUAAAGAGCUGGACAAACUAUUGGGUGGAGGGAUAGAAACUGGUUCCAUCACAGAGAUAUUUGGUGAAUUCCGAACGGGGAAGACACAGCUCUGCCACACCUUAGCUGUCACUUGCCAGCUACCCUUAGAAAUGGGAGGUGGAGAAGGGAAGUGCCUCUAUAUUGAUACAGAAGGAACCUUCAGACCUGAACGUCUCCUAGCGGUGGCAGAUAAGUUUGGUCUCAAUGGUGCAGAUGUCUUAGACAAUGUUGCAUAUGCACGAGCGUACAACUCAGACCACCAGACACAAUUGCUGAUACAAGCUGCAGCUAUGAUGGCGGAAUCCAGAUAUGCUCUCUGCAUUGUUGACAGUGCAAUGGCUCUCUAUCGAACAGACUAUGCAGGCAGAGGGGAGCUUUCUGCAAGACAAAUUCAUUUAGCUAGAUUUUUACGAAUGCUUCUCAGACUUGCUGAUGAGUUUGGUGUGGCAGUAGUGAUAACGAACCAAGUGGUGGCCCAGGUGGAUGGAGCAGCCAUGUUUGCCGCUGACCCCAAGAAACCCAUCGGAGGCAAUAUCAUGGCCCAUGCAUCAACCACAAGAUUAUACCUUAGAAAAGGCAGAGGAGAAACUAGAAUAUGCAAGAUAUAUGAUUCUCCUUGUCUGCCAGAAGCCGAAGCCAUGUUUGGAAUAUACGCAGAUGGUAUAGGGGAUGCUAAAGACUGAAGCUACAUCCUGAACUUCGUUAAAGAUUUUAUAACGUUAUCUAUAUUUGUAUGCACACCAACUAGAGACAGAAAUAUUAUAAUGUUACCUAGUUUUGUGUGUAUACAAGCAACAAACAAAAAUUUUAUAAUGUUAGCUAGAUUUUUAUAUAUGCAAACUGCAGACUCUUGUUUAGUGGACCACUGUAUACAAUGCAUUUACUGUCAUUGAGCUGAUCUUAGAGAGGAGAGCAUGUAACCAAAUGCAAAGAUGCCAGUGUCUAAGAGUCUUGGCCCCCUGUAGGUAAUCUCAUUUUCUUAUGACUUAGUAAAGAAUAUAUAUUUACAUAUAUUGGAUACCACUGAUCACUAAGGUGAUAAAUAAUUUGUCUCUUCAGUUUUUUAUAUUUUGCUUGGCCUCAAAAUUCAGUGCAUUUUCAUAGCUGUUUUUGAAGAUCAGUAAGAAAGGCUAAUCUGCAUAAGCAGUUCCAGAUAAUAUGAUUUAUCUGGAAAAAAAAUUAUGCAGUAAAUAUGAAGUGAGUUUAAAUAUUUUGCAAUUUUGUACACCAUCAACUUCCGUAUAAUACAAAAUGCAGGCAAGUUUUCUUUUACAAAACAAAGGAUAUUAGAUUCUUUAUUGUCUCCUAAUUGUAAUUUUAUUUACUUUGAAACUACAGAUUAUAAACAUCAGUAAAAAAAAGGCAUUCAUAGUACUUAUUUCUUAUAUGUAUUGAUAUUAAAGAAGUCAAAUGAAUAAUUAAUUAUUUAAGCAUUUAUUUGAUUUACACCUAGAUUGCACUGAAAGCAUUUUUUAUGAAAUAAAGUUCAACUAUACUAGAAAUAUAUGAUUAAAUAAUCAAUACUUAUGCUGUUGACAGUGAAAUACCGGGGAGAAAAACAAAAUAAAAGGAUAUUAUAAUUAAAAUCUGUUUCAUGUGCUGUUUGUGUAAGUUUUUUGCCUUUUAUUAUUUCUUUCCCUGGCAGAAAAUUAAUGAAGACACCAAGGCAAGAUACUUUUAUUAUUUAUUUUCAGUCCUCUCCUCUUGACUCACACUGCUAGGAAAGUUACACAAGUGCCUUACAAUAUUUUAACCAAACAAAGAUAUGAAUAUAUAUAUUGAUAAGUGGUAGGUGAUGCUGGUAUGAAUUUAUAUUAAAAUAUUUUGUAUAAACCUUAAAUAUUUAAAUAUUGAUUUAUUAUUACCCUUUUGGUAAAAUUGAAAUCCUGCAAAAGUAUUAUCUCAGUUCUGAAAAUGACCCUUUAUGCUACCAUACUGUCCUAUGGUGCUGUAUGUCCUUUGGCCAAU